CGGCGAUCGCGAUCGCAUUCGCAAUCGCUGCGUCCGCAACGCCCCCCCUGCUUUAGUACUGUAGUAUGCUCAUCAGUCCAUGGCGAGUUGUGAUGGCAAAGUUUCGUCGUUGGCUAUCGACCAUUGACCCGUUCACCGUUCUGUUCUCCCCCCGUCGUACCGGCACGCCCAUCGGCAGCAUUUGCAGCAUUUGCAGCAGCAGCAGUGAGACAUAAGCCGGUGCUUGGCCUCCGGGCCGAUUUCUCUGGUCUUGUGCUGCGGAUGUUCGAAGAAGAAGCUGAAGAGAAGACCGAGGUCGAUUUGAGAAGCGUGAGCCUGCGGAGUGAGGCCGACCAGGGACGAGUGUGCGAGCGAAGCUGAAGCUGAAGCUGAAGCCGAUCUGUUUCUCUAGUCGGGAGAGGAUGGUCGUUCGAAGGGUGAGACAAUGAGUAGUGACAGAAGGGUGGGGAGAAGAGUGUCGAGAGAGUGAGAGUGAGAGUGAGUGAGUGAGGGAGUGAGUUAGUGACAGAGUGAGCGAACGGAAGAAAUGCGGAUGUGAAUGUAAAUGCAGGAAGGGGAGGAGGGGGAGAGCAGCUGCGGAGGAGGAGCAAGAGGGCGAGGAGGAGUGUAGCAGCAGUGCGAGUUGCUGAAAUGGAAUCCGGGUCGUGUUUUCGCCCUCGGAUUCUCGUCACUCUGCUUUUUCUGCUGUCGCUGUACUGCACCUCAGUGAGGGCGGGGCCAGUGGGAGUGUGCUAUGGGCGCAAUGGGGACAAUCUGCCGACGCCGCUGCAGGCAGUGGCGUCGCUGCGAGCCAAGGGCAUAACGAAGGUGCGCAUCUUCGACGCGGACGCGAGUGUGCUGCAGGCGUUUGCGGACUCGGGCAUCGCGGUGUCGAUCACGGUGUCGAAUCUGGACCUGACGGGCAUCGCGCUGGACCAGGGCGUGUCGGACGCCUGGGUGCUGAACAAUGUGCUGCCCUACGUGCCGGCCACGAGCAUCUCGUCCAUCGCCGUGGGCACGGAGGUCAUGAUGACCAACGCCGGCAAUCUGUCGUCGUUCCUCGUGCCGGCCAUGCGCAACAUCUUCACCUCGCUCAAGACCAACAAUCUCGACUCCGCCAUCCAGGUCGUCUCGCCCAACUCCAUGACCGUGCUGUCCAAAUCCUACCCUCCCUCGGCCGGCACCUUCGACCCUGCCAUCGUCAACACCGUCGUCAUCCCCAUGCUCAGCUUCCUGCAGCAGACUCGCUCGCCCUUCAUGCUCAACUCCUACCCUUACUACGCCUACGUGAACGAUCCCAAGGGCGUGCCGCUCGAGUAUGCGCUCUUCACCUCCACCGUCGGCGUCAUCGAUUCCAACAACCAGCUGCACUACACCAACCUCUUCGAUGCGCAGGUCGAUGCCGUGUACGCCGCCAUGGAUGCGCUCAAUUUCUCCGACAUCAACAUCGUCGUGGCCGAGACUGGCUGGCCCAGCAAGGGCGAUUCGACUGAGAAUGCGGCCAGUGUCAAGAAUGCCCAGACCUACAAUCAGAACCUGGUGAACGAGCUCGUGCGCGAUCAGUCCGGGACUCCGCGCAAGCCUGGGCAGGUCAUGGAGGCCUACAUCUUCUCGUUGUACAACGAGAAUCAGAAAGCCGACCCCGAGUCCGAGCGCAACUUCGGCAUCCUGUACGCCGAUGGCACCGAGGUGUACACUCUGAAUUUCUAUGGUGGUGCCGAUGGCGGCUUCCAGGUGCAAAAUCGCACCUGGUGCGUGGCCCGGAACGAUGCCAGCAACAGCAGCCUGCGCAUCGCCAUCGAUUAUGCUUGCGGCGAGGGGCGGGCUAAUUGUGACGCGAUCCAAGAAGGCGGGGCCUGCUACGAGCCCAACACGUACGUGAACCACGCGUCGUACGCCUUCAAUGACUACUUCCAAAAGAGCAACAUGGACCCCCGAGCUUGCAACUUCUCCGGAACCGCCAAUCUCACGCAGCGAGAUCCCAGUUAUGGGAACUGCGUCUUCUAUUCAAAGCUUCCCAGUUCUGGUUAUCUCCAGUCACCGCAGGCCUACUACGGCUUCACGGCCAUGUUGGCGUUGGUGUUCUUGUUGCUGUUCAGAGGCUGAUGUGGUCCGUCUGCUCCGAGGUAUCGCUGUCUAUGGUUUGUGUAAGAAAUCUAAAUAAUUGAUGUGGUAGCUCAUUUCUGACGCAAGCAGAAAGGGGGGAAGGUAGCGAAAGAGUCUGCUUGCUUGGAGAUGCGCUCUAGGAUGAGUCCUGGGACUCCGGCGUACUAGUAAAGUUGUGUGGACCCCAAAUUUUUGACAAGUUUAGAGGAAUUCUUUGAUUGAUCAAUAAUUUAAAGCUCCUAUUGUAGAGGAUCAGGUAAAAAAUCAGCUUGGCUCUUGCUAAGAGCCGCCUGAAUUAUUUAUGCUGGAACGGGGAGCCAUGUAAGUGGUCGGUCAUCUCCCCAGACGACAGACUUUGUGCAGAUGCGGAUUUUCUCCUUCUUCGUAAUCUCGAAUUUGUGUCUGUAGGUAGUGAGAUUAGCUUUGGACAGAUUGUCUUCUGUAGCCUUCUGGGCCUCUCCGGGCGAUACCCUGGGCUUGUCGCAAGGUGUCGUCUUGCUUCAGACCGAGGGCCGUUUUUGCCCGAGAAGAUCAGAAUUGUACACUUCUAGGUCUUCUUUGCAGAUAGUGAUCAUGUUUCAUUCAUUCCCCAACGAGUUGCCAGCGGAGCGAUUUUGCCAAGGUCAAGAACAUGUGCCCCCUGUGGCGGUAUCCUGGGGCUGGUGGAGAACAGAGUCCCCUCUCGGGGAACUCAUAUUGAGAUGGAUAGACAGGCAGACGGACAGACAUACGGGGCAGUGCUGUGAUGAGAGAGAGAGAGAGAGAAAGAGAGCAAGGGUGUCGGAUUUGGUGGACAAGACCGGUUGUCGAGUGGGGGGUGAAUCAUGGACUUCAUACAUGUCGGCUUCCUCCGAUACAGGCGUACACAGAGGGAAAUCAUGAUGGCAACAGCAGAGAUUGUACGUUUGACACAGCAACGAGUUAAUGACAAAGUCGGAGUAGUGGGUCUUCUGCCUGCCUACCUGCCUGCCUUCGAGCUGAUCUGCACCCACUGCCACGCUGACAAACUCUUAGACAUUAUCAUAUGUCUCUGCCCGUGCCGAUGGACGAGAUUCCACAAUUCUCGAUGAAAAGGCUACUCUUGUUGGGAGUGAAAUAAACGAUCGGUCAGUACGUACAUGUAUCGUCAAUGUUCUGGAUACGCUUGUUUACGUG